AUGGGUUUGUCUAUUUCGAAGUUGCUCCAGGGCCUGUUUGGUCGCAAAGAAAUGAGAAUCCUGAUGGUGGGUCUCGAUGCUGCCGGAAAAACCACCAUUCUAUAUAAGCUGAAAUUGGGCGAGAUUGUCACCACAAUUCCAACGAUUGGUUUUAAUGUCGAAACCGUGGAGUACAAGAACAUCUCCUUCACCGUCUGGGACGUUGGUGGACAAGAUAAAAUCAGACCAUUGUGGAGACACUACUUCCAAAACACACAGGGUAUCAUCUUCGUUGUCGACUCCAACGACAGAGACCGUAUUUCUGAGGCCAGAGAGGAACUGCAAAGAAUGUUGAACGAGGACGAGUUGAGAGAUGCAUUGUUAUUGGUUUUCGCAAACAAACAAGACUUACCAAACGCCAUGAAUGCUGCUGAGAUCACAGAGAAACUGGGUCUGCAGUCCAUCAGACCAAGACCAUGGUUCAUCCAGGCGACCUGCGCCACCUCCGGUGACGGUCUGUACGAGGGUCUCGAAGAGUCCCCUUGUCGAAUACGACAGUCUCAAAUACUAACCCUUCAGGCCGGUGUCAAAGCUUACGAACUCAGAUCCAAGUCCAAGGAACAACUGCAGGAGCAGCUGGUCGAGCUCAAAAAGGAGCUGGCCCAAUUGAAGGUCCAAAAACUGACCAGACCAUCUCUCCCAAGAAUCCACACCGUCAGAAAGAAUAUUGCCAGAGUUCUCACUGUGAUCAACUUGCAACAAAGAGCUUCCGUCAGAGAAUUCUACAAGGGCAAGAAGUACAUUCCAAAGGACCUCAGACAAAAGAAGACCAGAGCUUUGAGAAGAGCCCUCACCAAGUACGAGAAGACCCAGAAGACCGACAAGGCCAGAAAGCAAGCUAUUGCCUACCCAGCCAAGAAGUUCGCUGUUAAGGCUUAG